AUGAGCGAUAACGAAAUUCACUAUGAUGCUAAUUUGUCAAUUUUUUAUAUUCAAAAGAAGAUCGGUCAGAACAUGACUUUCGCAUGUCGCUGCAACGAACCACUAGACAAUGUAACAUGGAUAGCGUUUCCUCGACAAGCGAUUGAUUUUGAAGGAAGAUAUAAUGUAUUCUAUGAUGCAAAGGGCUACAUGUUUCAUCUUCGUGACUUGAAAACAACAGAUAGUGGAGGCUAUGUGUGUCGGGAUCGAUCAACCAAGCAAACGUUUGUGCCCGGUGAACCUGACUGGGUCUACGUUUUUGUUCACAAUUCGAGUGUAUUUGUGAAACAAUAUCCCUUAAAAUGGGAAAAUCUCACUGAAAAUGUUGUAAUUCCGUGUCCAGCGAAUGUUUGGCCGCUGAAACAUGAGAAGCUAAAGCUGUUCGCUGAUGAUGUUGAGUGGCCAAAUAUGGGAUCAUAUUACUCGCCUACUGAGGGUUUUCGAGUGCCAGACAAAUACCGUAAAUGGAGUCAUUUAAACAAGAAACGCUUUCGUUGUCAAUACGAGAACGAUUCCACGGAAGUUCUUAUGAAAAUGUCAAAGACAUAUGAAAACUAUGAAGAAAACCUUAUCAUGGAGAAACUAAUCGAUCGACUUGAUGAAAAGGACGGCUUAAGUGAUUUCGCCAAUUUCACAAAGUUUCGAACAAACACGAGCAAGGAUUGUGAACGACUCACACAGUUUGCAACAGAGCCAAGUCGUUCGAUCAACUCUACACUUCCAUCUAAAAAGUUGAUAGAGGAAAAGAAAACCGUAUCAUUAUUUGAAACGCUUCUCAUCACAUCAUUGUUGAUCUUAAUUUGCGGGACUUUCUUUAUCAUUAAACGGAGAAUAAAAACAACAAAAAGAAAAGAGCAAGCUGAGAAAGACGAAGAUGAUCGAUGUAGUGAGGAGCUAGCUAAGCUCAUCACAGCUAAGGGAAAAUAUGAUAAACGAAGAGUUGGCGGAGGGACGUUUGGCGAAGUUUUUCAGUUGAUUGGACAUUUGCCCCCAGCAGCAAUCAAAUAUUUGAACUCAACAGAUCAUCAACAGAUGUUAAAAUUUCAAGAAGAAUUCGAAUUCUUGAAGAAAUUAAAUCAUCCGAAUAUUGUGUGUCUGAUCGAAACAGAAAUCGACGAGGGAACGAUGAAAUUUGGGAUAAUUAUGGAGUUCUGCGAACAAGGAUCAUUAAAAGAUUUGUUAUUUGAUCCACGAAUGAUCUAUACGAUGAGUUCGGUGCUUUCAUGGGCCAAACAACUUUUCGAUGCUCUCGCUCAUAUGUUUGGAGUGCACAAAUUGAUACAUCGUGACAUAAAACCAGAAAAUAUUUUUGUGACAAAGGGUUUCGUUUUGAAAUUGGGCGAUUUUGGGUUAGCCAAGUUUAUUGAUGAGACGUGUAGCGCCGCGACUUUUGCCGGAACACAGCGUUACAUGAGUCCACCACAACCGAAUCAUGGGAAACAAACGGAAAUGAAUACACUUAAGAACUCUCACCGAAACGAUGUCUACGGUUUAGGACUUGUUUUAUGGGAAAUCAUUGAAAGAAGAACUGUUUUUACCGAGUAUGGAACAAAGGGAAGCUUCAAUCGAGACGGUUUCAUUUCAGAUAUCAUACACAAAAAACUCAAUAAGUUGUCGGCACCGAGGUGUCAAUUAGAGAUUCAACAACUUGUUGAGUGGUGCACAAAUUUUGAUCGUUUUUCGAGACCAAUGGCAAAUGAAGUGCAUAUCGCUUUAAAGGCUAUUGAUUUGAACUUAUUUGAUUGGUUGUCUUUAUUGCCAAUAACGGAGAUAGAUCAACGAAAACUUUUUCGACCAAUCGGAUUUGAUGGAACAGAUGAUCGAAUCGCAAACGACGAGACAUUUAGUUCCGAUGAAUCGUUUAGCUUAAACGAUCUAAAUAGUUCUACCACUCUUGGAAAUGUU